AUGGACGCGAUCACUCUAGAGGAGCGAUUCAUCAAGUUGACCAAGAUAUGCGCCCACUUCUCCGGUUUCUGGCCAUGGCAGAGCAAACUGUCGAAAUACGUAUCGCGAAUAAUAACGUACACCAUCGUUUUCACGGUUCUCUUCACGCAGGUAGCACAAGUAGUGUGUUUCUUCAGUUUGGACGUUCUUAUAGAUCAACUAUCAUUUUUUGGUGCGGGAAGCGGGGUACUGUUGAAACAGGGGAACUACAUCGUCUUUAAAGAGGAGGUGAAUGAAUUUUCCAUUUUGAUUACCGUUUCACGUUUCAUGGCGUUCGUUGAUUCAUGGGUCAUGUAUACGAGAUCGAUCAAAUUGCAGUACGAGUCGCUUAUUAGCGGUGCCAGGAACGACUGGUCGAUCGAGAGACCACAAGGGGAGAUCGACAUUAUGACUAAAUACGCCGAGAGGGGUGCUUUUUUAAUUUCGACAUACCUUGCGAACGCGAUCGUUUGUGUCAUCCUGUUCGUGUCGACGCCGGUGACACCGCAUAUUUUGGACAUUUUACUACCGAAGAACGAGUCACGAGACGUAGCGUACAUUUAUCCGGCCUAUUAUUUCACCGACGAGCAUAAGUACGACGUGUACAUAAUUACGCACAUGGCGUCCGUGAUCCUUGUGGUGUUUUACGUGUACGUCGCUUGUGACACCAGUUACAUAUACGUCGUGCAACACGGCUGCGGAUUGUUGGCCGUGUCCGGGUAA